CCCUGUGUCAUACACAACGCAACUGAGGCACAGACAGGAGACUGUUCACGACCCAGUUUGUUUUGUUUUCCAAGGAUCGAUGAUGAUGAUCCCGUAAGGGUGAACCAUCUGUGGCGAUCUGUCCAACACGUGCCGACUCUUCUGGAUAAAAGAACGAAGAAGUGGGAAGUGAGUGGACCCGGCGUGUGCAUUCGUCCUUCCACUGCGCGCCGUGCGCACAAGAAAAGGUGAUCCUCUCGUCGGCUGCCGCGCACCACUGCACACAGGAGGACAUGCAUGCGCUCCAGUGAUGCAGUGGAACUUUACGCUUCUCCGUCAAGGACAUUAGAGUCGGUUGGAUGUCACAGAAGAAGCCAUAGCGCAGUUUGUGCCUAACUUCGGGGUGCCUGGAAGAUUCGGGUAACUGAACAAGUUUAAUUGGUGAUCUGUUGUUGUGCUGGGACCCCGUGGAGCGGAAAGACGCUGUUAAUAUCCCCCUCGGCGACAUAUGGUCUAUGUGGGCGCAGAUUCGGAGCUGACGACCCGCUCCUUCUCCACGGCGCGUUCUCGGCGGGGCUGGUGUGGACAGAGUCGGGUGCGCUGAGGAAUGCGGAGCCAGGAUUUAGUCUUUUCCACCUCACCUGCGGAACUCUUCGCAGCACAUACGAAACCGACUGACGCAGCCGGUGAGUCCACAGAGCGCCAUGCUGAGGCAGAUCCUCCUCAACUCCACCGACACGCCAGACUUCGACCUGGGGCUCAUGGCCCAGUCUUCCACGCAGGGUCCCUCCUCGCUGAACGCCUCCCACGGCGGCUCGGUGAGCGUGGCCGCUCUUCUGAGACCCACCACGGGGCGAGGAGGGGGACUCCGGGAGGGCGAGCUCCACAAACCGGACCUGAUCACCUAUAUGGUCAUGUGCCUACUGCUCUUUCUGCUGGUGCUGCUCAUUGUGUUCUUCAUCAACUGCCAACUCCGGAAUUCUUUCUUCGCCUCAAUGCCAUAUGACAGGUCACUGAGAGAGGCCCGGACCUCCUACAAGUAAUGUUAAAGCUCGUGUAGACUCUGCUGGGGCUGUGCAGUGAAACACUGACAGUGAAGUAGUUGCCUUUAUGUGUCUUAGACACUUUUGGUGGGUCUAAAUAACCUGGAAUCCCCAACGAGACCUAACCUGAUCAGUGGGGACUUAACUGAGCCCUCAUCUCACUCACAGCACCUCAAAAACCAGACCUUGAGUCCAGGGGAGUUCAUCUCAGAAAACUAGUGAUGUCCCUCCCUGCUGCUGCUGCUGCUGCUGCUGGAAAGAUAUCAACUUUAACUCCCAAUUAAAUUCGUGUCUCUCGUAUUUUCUGGUAAUUAAUGGAGGAAACGGUGAAACAAUCCAUCAUCCACUGCAACCCCCGCAUAAGCACUUUGGAAAUAAACCGUUUAUUCCCUCAUAUUGCCCCCACACUUCUGAGCUCCUUUUACAUUUGCCCAGUCACUUGCAGUUGGGAUCUUCAUCACACUGACAUGUCAUGACAAAAAUGAAUCUGUUUUUUGUUUUUUUUCUUCCCCAAAGCAAAGCGACGUGUCGGCAUGGAAAGGGUCUUAAAUGUGUAUAUACAAUAUUUGUGUGACUGUAACUAUAUUGUCUUGUAAACUUUCCUCUCUGCUGUGCAUUGUACAAGGGUGAUUAAAUGGCAGAAUGUAUCGCCAACGUAUUUACACGCACUUUGGAAUAGCUCGUCUGUAUCUGAGCAGCGAUGCUAUGAUGAUGAUGAUGAUGAUGAUGAUGCAGCAGUUAAAGUGAGGGGCCAACUGAACUGGUAAUCAUGUAAUAGACUAUGUCCGCAGAGGCGUUUAUACGAGAGCCAUAGGGCUGCCAGCCUCAUCGUGCACGCUCACGUUUAAUUAACCUCUCCCACAAUUUACAGAUCCAAUAUCCGGACAAUGACUUGAGGCUGAAAUAGUAAUAAUAGAAAAAAAAAAGUAUGAUGAGCCCUGUGUGAUAAACCAAACUGUUGUCAGCCACUGGUGAUGCGCAAAUCCUCCCCAAUCUUGUUGUUGGAAAACACUUCUCACAUACCAAGGCAGAUAGAUGAGCCUAUAUAUCUCUGUAAUCCUGUGUGUGUGUGCGUGCGUGCGUGUGUGUUCUUGUAUUUGUGGCUUUGUGAGGACCAGAAAUCGUGUCAACCAUUAUAGAGUGAGGAUUUUAAGACCUGGUUUUUGGGUUAGGGUUAGGCACUCAGUUGUGAUGGUUAAGGUUAGGGUGCGAGUGCAUGUGUGUGUGUGUCUGUGUGUGUACCUGGUAUUCCUUAUGUUGUGGGGACCUAAAUCUGUUUACACAGUCACAUCAUGGGGGCGUGUCUUCCUUAUGGGGACAAAAAUCAAGUCCCGAUAACCUAAAUUAAGGUACUACAUUUUAAGGUGAAGAUAUGCUUUAAAGUUAGGGUUACACUAGGGUUAAGUUCAGGGUUAGGAUUAGGCCAUGAUGUGAUUCUCAAAAUUAUCAGUCCAAGGAAACUAUAUUCAAGAAAAUCCCCUUUUUUUUAUUGAGUGACUUAUUGCUUGAAACCACAGUUGUUGUUGUCUUUGGAUUUGAGAGGCUCUGUGGAGACAGGGGGACACGGUGACCUGGACUGCUGGACUUGUAUUGAUGAUUGACGACCCACAUGCUGUAAUUAGGAGGACAUUGUGCACACGGGUCGAUUAGUCAGUGCAUUCAGCGGAGUGAUCAAUGCGCAUUCUUCUUCAGCUGCCUUAAGACAGUGCUGUUUGUAUUCUAACCGCUUGGUGGCGCCCGACUCUGAUUAUUUCUUGCCCAAACCACAUGUUGUGUAACGCCAUGUUUACCAAAUACAGAAAAUAGCUGCACCUGCACGACAUAGAGAGUGCAAUAGCUGGGCAUUGUUUGCUCAAUAAGGAAGAAUCUUGUGAACUCAGUGUUGAUCUACAGUUUUAGUGAUUAUUUCCUCACUACAUGCAAAAUCCUCACCACAUAUAUGAGAUGAGAUAAAGUGUAAUACUACAA